ACACCUGCCCCCUAUGGAUCCACGCUCCCUGCAAAAAUUACUGUGGGGCUUCAGUCAUGAUACUGUGGCUGCCAUCUUGACUUUUUUGACCUCUCCACUGAUUAUGAUUAUUGUGUAAUUUUUUUUAAUUGACUAUAGGUAUCCCAAUAUGUAAAACGUUACCAAACACAACUGAAUGUUUAUAUAACAAUUUAUUCUAAUGUCAUAAGGAUAAUUAUUACUAAUACUAUAGAUAACUAGCAUUGUAAGGAACACUUAAUUUUCAGGGUUUGACUAAAAAUAUUUUCUUUUUUCUUUUCACUCUUUUUCAAGCAUUCAUAACCUUUCUUACAUCCACAAUGGAAAGCAAUCCCAGGGCUUAUUUAAGCACAGCUAAAACUUUAAACAUAAUAGUAGAUCAAUGAAAUCAAUAGUAUUUAAACCUCACAGAAUACAAUAGGCCAAUUUUAUAGACUAUUUUAGACUAUGUCUGAAUUCAACUACUAUCCUCUCAACACAGUUUAGUAAUAAUGAGAUAAUGGCUGGUGUUUUUUUUUAAAAAGAAAUUCAUAAAGUGAGUUAUUUCAUGUCCCACAAAACCUUCCAUCUCAUUCUAAAUCAUAUGCUGCUGACCUGUCAUUUUUAUUUGCUGUUGCUUGAUCCCAUGAUACCCCUGGUUUUGUAUUGUUCACUUACGCAAUAUCAGAUCAGUGGCUUGAGCGAUGACAGAUGUUGACACUUUUUUACGUGAUCUGACUUUCUCCUCCAAUUACCUCCUUUGAAAAAUCACCAGAUUAAUACUAGAUUACACUCCAAAUUUGGGUCUACCUAUGCCAUGCUUAAGUGUGAGAAGCCUCACUUAGGAGACAGCGAUAGAGACACAGAUUAAACAUAAAAGAACAGUUGCGCUAAAUCCAAUCCAUGAUUCCUACAUCCUGGAUAGAAGAGUAGUAGGCACAGUAGAGCAGUCAGAUGCAUCUCUCAAGGCCGGGAAGGGAGGGAAGAAGGGAGGGUUUGUUCAGCUCAAAGCUGAAGGUCAGAUGCUUCAGAAAGCCACCUCCCCACCCUCACUCCUUUUAUGAUGGAAUUCAGAGAUGGUCCAUUCAUGGGAGUGAUGGUGACUUCUUAUCUUCUUGAACCCGGGUUCGAAAGACGACCUCGAGGAUGGGCAAUAGGGAGACCCAGACAGCGCUACCUCGGCCAAAGAUACUGGGAUAUUAGCCAUUCCCCUGGCCUGCCUCCUCACCCGGCUCUUCCUUGAUUCCCAGGUUUGAUGCUGCAAGGCGUGUCCGGGGCUCUGCUCAUGUGAUGGAGCAGGAGGGAGAGGCGGGCGGGGGAUCAGGGAGGAGGUAAUUUUGUUGGCUCUUUUUUUUUUAAAGGAGUUCGCAGAAACCUCCUGGGUUGGUUCAGUCGCAGCCUGACCGCUUUCCCGAGCAGCUGAAGUUAAGGCACCGAAGAGCGCAGCUGCCUGGACGGCUCUAUUAUUGCUAGCGCCGAUUUCUCUUUCUGGGUCGAAAAGCGUCGCGCCCCCCCCCCUCCUUAGCCCGAAGGAUUGGAGAAACGGACGCCGGGGAGAGAGAGAGAGAGACAUGGGAGCCGGGAGCUCUACGGAACCGCGGAGUCCGCAGGAUGAGACCAACGCAGCGGGAGAUUCCCAGCCCGGGAGCCCGGGAGACCGGACGCCAACGGAAGCCGCGCCCGAGGCUGGAGAGCCGGAGGACUCCUCCAAGAUUUUACAUGAAAAUGGACAGAUAUCCAGCAUUAGUGAAAUUACCAAAGAGCAUGUGGAGCUCAGCCAUGAACCAGAAGUGCUGAAAGAACAGCAGGCAGUUCUUACAUUAGAAGUUGGUGAAACAAAAGCUGCAAAUUUAAUUUUGGAAGAGGAAUCUGCUGAAAAUAUCAAGACCAGCUCACCAGAAUUAAAUGACAAGUCAAAUGAAGAUGAAGUACAGAAAGACACAGAAGAUGCUGAUAAACAGUUGGCAUCAGAAGAAAAAGAAGAUCAACCUAGUGUAUCUCCAUCAAAUGAUGUUGGAUUUAAAAAGGUUUUUAAAUUAGUUGGAUUCAAAUUUACAGUUAAGAAGGAUAAAACAGAGAAAAUUGAACCUGUUCAGCUAUUGGAUGUGAAGCCAGAGGUUGCAGAAGGGUCAAGUGAUGUGGCUGGAGAAGAUAAACAAUUAAAAACAGAGACAGUGGGAGAAGCCACAGAAAGUGAAAUCACUGCCUCUGUAGACAAGACUGAGGAAGAAACUCAGGCUGAGGAGAUGGAACGAGAAACCUCCUCUGAGAAAGUAACGGAAAGCCCUGUUGACGCAGAAAGCAAAGAGGCAGAAAUUAAAAACAAUGGGAUUAAAUCUCUAGAGUCUCCGGUAAGCCCAUUAAACAAUGACACUGCAUCACCUCUAAGGAAGUUUUUUAGUCAGAGUUGGGCUGGGUUUAGAAAAAGGACAAGCUUCAGAAAAUCUAAAGAAGAAGUGCAAACUGAGAAAGAAAAACAAGAUCAGGAAAUGGAGAAAGAUGUGACAACAGAAGUAAUAAUUGUUGAAGAAGAAUUAGAAAGAGAAAAACUGACACCAGAAAAAGAUGAGACAGAAGUUUCUUGCCAAGCCAGUGAUGAAAAAAUAGAAAGUGAGGAAGAGAGAGAAGAAGAAACAAAAAUGGUCGAAGUUCCAACAGAAACUGAUCUGAAAGAAGCUGCCACUCCCAGUGAGCAAACAUCAGCAGAAGAACUGGAUGAAAAUAUAAAUAAAGACAUUUCUUUUGAAGCCAGUGAUGAAAAAUUGGAAGGCGAGAAAGAAAGGAAAGAAGAAACAAAAGUGAUCAAAGUUCCAACAGAAACCGAUCUGAAAGAAGCUGCCACUCCCAGCGAGCAACCAUCAGCAGAAGAACUGGCUGAAAAUAUAAAUAAAGAAAUUUCUUUUGAAGCCAGUGAUGAAAAAAUGGAAAGUGAGAAAGAGAGGAAAGUCUCAUCAGAAACUGAUCUGGAAAAAGCUGCUACUCCCAGGAAGCAACCAUCAGUAGAACAACUGGCUGAAAAUAUAAAAGCAGUGGAUAUAAUCUUGAAAAGGUUGACUGACCUGGAAUCCAAGAAAAAAUUGGAACAAGUGCAAAAAAGUCCAAUAGGCAUAGAGCAGAGUAUUGUUGUGUUGCAUGAAUCAAAAACAGAACUGUUACAUGAAGCAUUUGAAGAAAAAACAAACCAAUUGGAUUCACUGUCUCCAGUAGCAAUAGAAAAGCCUGAGGAACCUUCUGAAAUAAUAGAAGAAAAACCAGAACCAAAGGCUCCUCUGGCCACAGAAAUUUUUGAUGAAAAACCUAGAGAGAUAAAUAUUGAUGUUAGAGCUGUUGUGACAGAAGAAGAAUCUCAAAUAACUAAAAAAGAACAACUAGUUCUUGAACAGUUAGUGGAAACAAACGAUGACUUUCAGAAAGAACAGCCCACCGUUGAACAGUUAAAAAUCACAGAAACAGUUCUUGAAAUACCAAAGGAACAUUUCAUCCAAACCGAUUCAAGCAGUCUUGAUGCAGCAACAGACAAACCUCCAGAAGGCAUAAUAACAAGUGAGGUAGAAUUGCUAUCAUCUCAAGAAAAAGCCAAGAUGCAAGGCAGCCCUUUAAAAAAGCUUUUCACAGGUCCUGGCUUAAAGAAAUUGUCAAGAAAGAAACGUAAAGGGAAGAAAGAAGCUAAAUCAGAGGAAGCAGCAGAAGAAGCACAGCAGUUGUCUGAUACUGCAGAAAGUCCAGAUGACCCAAGGGGAGAGAGUUCUGCUUCUUCUCCUGAAGAAAUAACAGAAUCCAUAGAAAAGUCAUCCGAUGCUGCACAGAUUCCUGAAGCUAAAGAAGGGUUUCCUUCAGAUGCAGAGAAGAAAAGAGAAAGUGUUACACCUUGGGCAUCUUUUAAAAAAAUGGUGACUCCUAAGAAACGGGUUAGGAGACUUUCUGAUGGUGACAGAGAAGAAGAACUUGAUAAGACAACUGAAAGUGCACCUAGUGAUGAACAGGAAGAUAUUAAAGAAAAUGGUGAGGAACAAAAAUUAGAAAAAAGUGCAGAUGAGCCCAAGAAAAAAGUUGAUACUUCUGUAUCAUGGGAAGCUUUAAUCUGUGUAGGCUCAUCAAAGAGAAGAAGCAGAAAAUCUUCAUCUUCUGAUGAAGAAACUGAACAAAGACUUGCUCAAGAUGAACAAAAAUUAGAUGAGAGUGCACCAAAUAAAGAAGCAGUACCCGAUACCGUCUUUACUAGCUCACAUGAAAGUGAUCAAGGACAAGGAAGUUCUUCACCAGAACAAGCAGGAAGCCCAUCUGAAACAGAGGGAAUUUCAACAUGGGAAUCUCUUAAAAGGCUAGUAACCCCAAGAAGAAAAUCUAAAACAAGGAUGGAAGAGAAAAAUGAUGAACCCAUCCCAGUUCCAAGUUUAGAACAUGCUACCUUAGAUGGGGAUACUGGAAAAGAAGAAUCCUGGGUUUCAUUUAAAAAAUUAAUGCCUGGUCGUAGGAAGAAAAAGUCUGAUGGAAUACCAGAGCAUGCUCCUGUUCUAGAAGCUGGAGAAGAAACGACAGGAACAAAUGAGGAGGACUUUGAUGUUCCAGCUGUGGUUCCUUUAUCAGAGUAUGAUGCUGCUGAGCAAGAGAAAUUUGAAGCUCAAAAAGCAGAGCAAGAUGAUAUGGAUAAGGAAAUUGCAAGUCAAAAUAUAGAAAAGUCAGAAAGUACAUCAAUAACUCAGCAGGUCACUGAAGGAUUAGUUCAUGCAGUUGCAGUCUCAGUGGUAGAAGGUGAGAGAGCAAUUAUAAGUAUUGAAGAAAGGUCCCCCUCUUGGAUACCAGCUGCUGUGACCGUGUCCACUGAACUUGUGAAUGAUGACGAGGAACAGUCUGAGCAGAUUUUUGGAACUGGAAUUGUUGAAGAAAUAGCAGCGGUUACUAAACUUGUGCCACAAAUGAGAAAAGAUAUUAGUGGUGAUAGUAUAAUCGGGGACCUGGAGUUAACCUCGGAAGCAGUUACAGCUAGGGAAGAAGCUUCAAUCAUUGAAGAGACAACUGAAGUGUCUUGUGCUAAAGAAACAACUGAAAUGUCUUGUGCUGAAGAGACAACUGAAAUGAUUUCAGCAGUUUCAAGGCUAACUGAGUCUCCUGAUACUACAGAAAUAGCUACACCAGUGCAGGAGAUCGAGGAAAAUGAGCAAGACCUGGAAGAAUUAAAUAAACAAACACAGCAAAUGUUGCAAAUUGUUGCUGAAAGAAUUAAAUUGUCUGAUGAAAAGGGGAUUAGUGCGAGUCUGACAGAAGCAACAGUUCAGUCAUUGUCGGCUAAAGAAGAAACUGAGCAAGAGCUGAUGACUUCAAAAGGAACCCCCUCUGCUGAAUUUCCAAAAGACGUCCGGCUUAAAACAAUAGAGUCUCGGGCUUACAAAAUUGUGCAGAAAAUAAUCCAGAAUGCAGUUGCCCAAUUUCAUCAAGAGUCCAUAGUUCUUUCAAAGCAGGAGAAUGAAACUGCUGUUCUGUAUCCUGAUCCUGAUAAACUGGCAUUUUAUGAGCAAAUAAAUUUGGUGCUAGAAGAAUCAGCAGACAGAUACACCAGAGAAGGUGCACUCCAGAUGGGCGCAUCUGGAUCCCAUUUAGAAAUGGAGGUGCCAAAAUCUUCAUCUGAUGAAGAAACUGAGGAAAAUGUGAUGACUUCAGAAGGAAUUCCCUCUAUUGAAUUUCCAAAAGAUCUUCAGCCUGAAACAAUAGAGUCUCAGGCUUACAAAAUUGUGCAGAUAAUAAUCCAGAAGGCAGUUGCUCAGUUUCAACAAGAGUCCAUGACUGUUUUAAAGCAGAAGAGUGAAAUGGCAGUUCUGUGUCCUGAUCCAGACACAAUGGCAUUUUCAGAGAAAAUAGAUUCAGCGCUAGAAGAAUCAGCAGGAAUAUGCACCAGAGAAGGUGCACUCCAGAUGGGUGCAUCUGGAUCCCCUCCAGAAAUGGAGCUGCCAAAAUCUUCAUUUGAUGAAGAAAUUGAGCAAAAGGUGAUGACUUCAGGAGGAGUCUUAACAUCUACUGAAUUUCCAAAAGAUCUUCCGCCUGAAACAAUAGAGUCUCAGGCUUACAAAAUUGCUCAGAGAAUAAUUGAGAAUGCAGUUGCUCAAUUACAAGAGUCCAUGGCUCUUUUAAAGAAGAAGAGUGAGUCUGCAGUUUUGUACUUUGAUCUUGAUAAAGUGCCAUUUUCUAAGAAAAUAGAUUCAGUACCAGAAGAAUCAGCAGGAAUAUGCACCAGAGAUGGUGCACUCCAGGUGGGUGUAUCUGGAUCCCCUUCAGAAAUGGAGCUGCUACCAUCUUCAUCAGAAGAAGAAAUUGAGCAAAAGGUGAUGACUUUAGAAGGACUCUCAACAUCUACUGACUUUCCAAAAGGUGUUCAGCCUGAAACAACAGAGUCUCAGGCUUACAAAAUUGCGCAGAUAAUAAUCCAGUAUGCAGUUGCCCAAUUUCAGCAUGAGUCCAUGGCUCUUUCAAAGCAGAGAAGAGAAACUGCAGUUCUGUAUCCUGAUCCUGAUAAAGUGGCAUUUUCAGAGAAAAUAGGUUCAGUGCUAGAAGAAUCAGCAGGAAGACGCACCAGAGAAAGUGUACUUCAGAUAAGUUCAUCAGGAUCCCCUCCAGAAAUGGAGUUGCCAACAUCCUCACCUGUUGAAGAAGCUGAGAAAAAGGUGAUAACUUUAGAAGGAAUCCCUUCUACUGAAUUUCCAAAAGAUGUUCAGCCUGAAACAAUCGAAUCUGAGAGUUUAAAAGUGGUGCAGGAAGUGAGUGCAGUUGUUAAAUUUCAACAAGAGCCCAUGGCUUUUUCAAAGCAGAAGAGUGAAACUGCAGUUCUGUAUCCUGAUCCCGUGGAAUUUUCAGAAGAAAUAGAUUUGGCGCUAGAAGAAUCACUAGAGAAAUUCACCAGAGACAGUGCACUUCAGAUGAGUACAUCUGGCCCCCCUCUAGAAAUGGAACUGCCAAAAUCUUCAUCAAAAGAAGAAACUGUGGAAAAGGUGAUGAUGACAUCAGAAGGAAUACCCUCUGCUGAAUUUACAGAAGAAUCAAAAGGAAAAUGCACCAAAGAAGAUUUGCUCCAGUCUGGUACAUGUGGAUCCCCUCCAGAAAUGGAUCUGCCAAUUUCUUCAGCUCAGGAAGAAAUUGAGGAAAAGGUGAUGACUUCAGAAGGAGUCUCAACAUCUACUGACUUUCCAAAAGUUAUUCUGCCUGAAACCACAGAAUCUCAGGCUUACAAAAUUGUGCAGAUAAUAAUCCAGUAUGCACUUGCCCAAUUUCAACACGAGUCCAUGGCUCUUUCAAAGCAGAAAAGAGAAACUGCAGCUCUGUAUCCUGAUCCUGAUAAAUUGGCAUUUUCAGAGAAAAUAGAUUCUGUGCUAGAAGAAUCAUCAGGAAGACGCACCAGAGAAAGUGUACUCCAGAUAGGUUCAUCUGGAUUACAUCCAGAAAUAGAGUUGCCAACAUCUUCAGCUGAUGAAGAAACUGAGGAACAUGUGAUGACUUCAGAAGGAAUCCCCUCUACUGACUUUCCAAAAGUUAUUCUGCCUGAAAGCACAGAGUCUCAGGCUUACAAAAUUGCGCAGAUAAUAAUCCAAAAUGCAGUUGCUCAAUUUCAACAAGAGUCCAUGGCUCUUUCAAAGAAGAAGAGUGAAACUGCAGUUCUAUGUCAUGAUCCUAAUGCAGUGACAUUUUCAGGGAAAAUAGAUUUGACGCUAGAAGAAUCACCAGGGAAAUGCACCAUAGAAGAUGCACUCCAGCCAGGUGAAUCUGGAUCCCUUCCAGAAAUGGAGGUGCCAAUAUCUUCACUUGAUGAAGAAACUGAGGAAAAGGUGAUGAUGACUUCAGAAAGAAUCCCCUCUGCUGAAUUCCCCAAAAAUGUUGAGUUUGAAGCAAUAGAAUCUCAGGCUUACAAAAUUGUGCAGAUAAUAAUCCAGAAUGCAGUUGCUCAAUUUCAACAAGAGUCCAUGGCUCUUUCAAAGCAGAAAUAUGAUACUGUAGUUAUGUACCAUGAUUCUGAUGCAUUGGCAUUUUCGGAAAAAAUAGAUUCAAUGCUAGAAGAAGGAUCAGGAAGACGCACCAGAGAAAGUGCACUCCAAACAAGUACAUCUGGAUCUCCUUCAGAAAUGGAGGUGCCAACAUCUUCAACUGAUAAAGCAACUGAGGAAGAAGUGAUGACUUCAGAAAGAAUUCCCUUUACUGAAUUUCAGAAAGAUGUUCUGCCUGAAACAAUAGAAUCUCGGGCUUACAAACUUGUGCAGAUAAUAAUCCAGAAUGCAAUUGCUCAGUUUAAACAAGAGUCCAUUCCUCUUUCAAAGCAGAAGAGUGAAACUCCAAUUCUGUAUCCUGAUCCUGAUAAACUGGCAUUUUAUGAGCAAAUAAAUUUGGUGCUAGAAGAAUCACCAGACAAAUGCACCACAGAAGGAGCACUCCAGACAGGUGCAUUCGGAUCCCCUCCAGAAAUGGAGCUGCCAAAAUCUUUAUAUAAAAAACAAACUGAGGAAAAGGUGAUGGCUUCAGAAGACAUCCCCUCUACUGAAUUUCCAGAAGAAUCAGGAGGAAGAUGCACCACAGAAGGAGCACUCCAGACAGAUGCAUCCGGAUCCCCUCCAGAAAUGGAGCUGCCAAAAUCUUUAUCUGAAAAACAAACUGAGGAAAAGGGGAUGGCUUCAGAAGAGAUCCCCUCUACUGAAUUUCCAGAAGAAUCAGGAGGAAUAUGCACCACAGAAGGAGCACUCCAGACAGAUGCAUCCGGAUCCCCUCCAGAAAUGGAGCUGCCAAAAUCUUUAUCUGAAAAACAAACUGAGGAAAAGGGGAUGGCUUCAGAAGACAUCCCCUCUACUGAAUUUCCAGAAGAAUCAGAAGGAAGAUGCACCACAGAAGGAGCACUCCAGACAGGGGCAUCUGGAUCCCCUCCAGAAAUGGAGCUGCCAAAAUCUUUAUCUGAAAAACAAACUGAGGAAAAGGGGAUGGCUUCAGAAGACAUCCCCUCUACUGAAUUUCCAGAAGAAUCAGGUGGAAUAUGCACCACAGAAGGAGCACUCCAGACAGAUGCAUCCGGAUCCCCUCCAGAAAUGGAGCUGCCAAAAUCUUUAUCUGAAAAACAAACUGAGGAAAAGGUGACACCUUCAGAAGGCAUCCCCUCUACUGAAUUUCCAGAAGAAUCACGAGAAAGAUGCACCACAGAAGUAGCACUCCACACAGGUGCAUCCAGAUCCCCUCCAGAAAUGGAGCUGCCAAAAUCUUUAUCUGAAAAACAAACUGAGGAAAAGGUGAUGGCUUCAGAAGGCAUCUCCUCUACUGAAUUUCCAGAAGAAUCAGGAGGAAGUUGCACCACAGAAGGAGCACUCCAGACAGGUGCAUCCGGAUCCCCUCCAGAAAUGGAGCGACCAAAAUCUUCAUCUGAAGAAGAAACUGAGGAAAAGGUGAUGCCUUCAGAAGGUAUCCCUUCUACUGAAUUUCCAGAAGAAUCAGAAGGAAGAUGCACCAUAGAAGGAGCACUCCAGAUAGGGGCAUCCGGAUCCCUUCCAGAAAUGGAGCUGCCAAAAUCUUUAUCUGAAAAACAAACUGAGGAAAAGGGGAUGGCUGAAGACAUCCCCUCUACUGAAUUUCCAGAAGAAUCAGGAGGAAGAUGCACCAUAGAAGGAGAACUCCAGACAGGUGCAUCUGGAUCCCUUCCAGAAAUGGAGCUGCCAAAAUCUUCAUCUGAUGAAGAAAUUGGGGAAAAGUUGAUGCCUUCAGAAGGCAUCCCUUCUACUGAAUUUCCAGAAGAAUCAAAAGGAAGAUGCACCAUAGAAGGAGCACUCCAGACAGAUGCAUCCGGAUCCCCUCCAGAAAUAGAGCUGCCAAAAUCUUUAUCUGAAAAACAAACUGAGGAAAAGAUGAUGGCUUCAGAAGACAUCCCCUCUACUGAAUUUCCAGAAAAAUCAGAAGGAAGAUGCACCAUAGAAGGAGAACUCCAGACAGGUGCAUCUGGAUCCCCUCCAGAAAUAGAGCUGCCAAAAUCUUUAUCUGAAAAACAAACUGAGGAAAAGGUGAUGGCUUCAGAAGACAUCCCCUCUACUGAAUUUCCAGAAAAAUCAGAAGGAAGAUGCACCAUAGAAGGAGCACUUCAGACAGAUGCAUCCGGAUCCCCUCCAGAAAUAGAGCUGCCAAAAUCUUUAUCUGAAAAACAAACUGAGGAAAAGGUGAUGGCUUCAGAAGACAUCCCCUCUACUGAAUUUCCAGAAAAAUCAGAAGGAAGAUGCACCAUAGAAGGAGCACUUCAGACAGAUGCAUCCGGAUCCCCUCCAGAAAUAGAGCUGCCAAAAUCUUUAUCUGAAAAACAAACUGAGGAAAAGGUGAUGGCUUCAGAAGACAUCCCCUCUACUGAAUUUCCAGAAGAAUCAGAAGGAAGAUGCACCACAGAAGGAGCACUCCAGACAGGGGCAUCUGGAUCCCCUCCAGAAAUGGAGCUGCCAAAAUCUUUAUCUGAAAAACAAACUGAGGAAAAGGGGAUGGCUUCAGAAGACAUCCCCUCUACUGAAUUUCCAGAAGAAUCAGGAGGAAUAUGCACCACAGAAGGAGCACUCCAGACAGAUGCAUCCGGAUCCCCUCCAGAAAUGGAGCUGCCAAAAUCUUUAUCUGAAAAACAAACUGAGGAAAAGGUGACACCUUCAGAAGGCAUCCCCUCUACUGAAUUUCCAGAAGAAUCACGAGAAAGAUGCACCACAGAAGUAGCACUCCACACAGGUGCAUCCAGAUCCCCUCCAGAAAUGGAGCUGCCAAAAUCUUUAUCUGAAAAACAAACUGAGGAAAAGGUGAUGGCUUCAGAAGGCAUCUCCUCUACUGAAUUUCCAGAAGAAUCAGGAGGAAGUUGCACCACAGAAGGAGCACUCCAGACAGGUGCAUCCGGAUCCCCUCCAGAAAUGGAGCGACCAAAAUCUUCAUCUGAAGAAGAAACUGAGGAAAAGGUGAUGCCUUCAGAAGGUAUCCCUUCUACUGAAUUUCCAGAAGAAUCAGAAGGAAGAUGCACCAUAGAAGGAGCACUCCAGAUAGGGGCAUCCGGAUCCCUUCCAGAAAUGGAGCUGCCAAAAUCUUUAUCUGAAAAACAAACUGAGGAAAAGGGGAUGGCUUCAGAAGACAUCCCCUCUACUGAAUUUCCAGAAGAAUCAGGAGGAAGAUGCACCAUAGAAGGAGAACUCCAGACAGGUGCAUCUGGAUCCCUUCCAGAAAUGGAGCUGCCAAAAUCUUCAUCUGAUGAAGAAAUUGGGGAAAAGUUGAUGCCUUCAGAAGGCAUCCCUUCUACUGAAUUUCCAGAAGAAUCAAAAGGAAGAUGCACCAUAGAAGGAGCACUCCAGACAGAUGCAUCCGGAUCCCCUCCAGAAAUAGAGCUGCCAAAAUCUUUAUCUGAAAAACAAACUGAGGAAAAGAUGAUGGCUUCAGAAGACAUCCCCUCUACUGAAUUUCCAGAAAAAUCAGAAGGAAGAUGCACCAUAGAAGGAGAACUCCAGACAGGUGCAUCUGGAUCCCCUCCAGAAAUAGAGCUGCCAAAAUCUUUAUCUGAAAAACAAACUGAGGAAAAGGUGAUGGCUUCAGAAGACAUCCCCUCUACUGAAUUUCCAGAAAAAUCAGAAGGAAGAUGCACCAUAGAAGGAGCACUUCAGACAGAUGCAUCCGGAUCCCCUCCAGAAAUAGAGCUGCCAAAAUCUUUAUCUGAAAAACAAACUGAGGAAAAGGUGAUGGCUUCAGAAGACAUCCCCUCUACUGAAUUUCCAGAAAAAUCAGAAGGAAGAUGCACCAUAGAAGGAGCACUUCAGACAGAUGCAUCCGGAUCCCCUCCAGAAAUAGAGCUGCCAAAAUCUUUAUCUGAAAAACAAACUGAGGAAAAGGUGAUGGCUUCAGAAGGCAUCUCCUCUACUGAAUUUCCAGAAGAAUCAGAAGGAAGAUGCACCAUAGAAGGAGCACUCCAGACAGAUGCAUCCGGAUCCCCUCCAGAAAUGGAGCUGCCAAAAUCUUUAUCUGAAAAACAAACUGAGGAAAAGGUGACACCUUCAGAAGGCAUCUCCUCUACUGAAUUUCCAGAAGAAUCAGGAGGAAGAUGCACCAUAGAAGUAGCACUCCAGACAGGGGCAUCCGGAUCGCCUCUAGAAAUGGAGCUGCCAAAAUCCUUAUCUGAAAAACAAACUGAGGAAAAUGUGAUGGCUUCAGAAGGCAUCCACUCUAUUGAAUUUCCAGAAGAAUCAGGAGGAAUAUGCACCAUAGAAGGAGCACUCCAGACAGGGCCAUCCGUAUCCCUUCCAGAAAUGGAUCUGCCAAAAUCUUCAUCUGAUGAAGAAAUUGGGGAAAAAGUGAUGGCUUCAGAAGGCAUCUCCUCUACUGAAUUUCCAGAAGAAUCAGGAGGAAGAUGCACCAUAGAAGUAGCACUCCAGACAGGGGCAUCCGGAUCCCCUCCAAAAAUGGAGCUGCCAAAAUCUUUCUCUGAAAAACAAACUGAGGAAAAGGUGACACCUUCAGAAGGCAUCUCCUCUACUGAAUUUCCAAAAGAAUCAGGAGGAAAAUGCACCAUAGAAGUAGCACUCCAGACAGGGGCAUCCGGAUCGCCUCUAGAAAUGGAGCUGCCAAAAUCCUUAUCUGAAAAACAAACUGAGGAAAAUGUGAUGGCUUCAGAAGGCAUCCACUCUAUUGAAUUUCCAGAAGAAUCAGGAAGAAUAUGCACCAUAGAAGGAGCACUCCAGACAGGGCCAUCCGUAUCCCUUCCAGAAAUGGAUCUGCCAAAAUCUUCAUCUGAUGAAGAAAUUGGGGAAAAAGUGAUGGCUUCAGAAGGCAUCUCCUCUACUGAAUUUCCAGAAGAAUCAGGAGGAAGAUGCACCAUAGAAGUAGCACUCCAGACAGGGGCAUCCGGAUCCCCUCCAAAAAUGGAGCUGCCAAAAUCUUUCUCUGAAAAACAAACUGAGGAAAAGGUGAUGCCUUCAGAAGGCAUCCCCUCUACUGAAUUUCCAGAAGAAUCAGAAGGAAAAUGCCCCAGAGAAGGUACACUCCAGAUGGGUACAUCUGAAUCCCCUCCAGAAAUGGAGCUGCCAAAACUUUCAUCUGAAGAAGAAACUGAGGAAAAGAUGAUGACUUCACGGGGCAUCCCCUGUACUGACUUUUCAAAAGAAUUAGAACGAAAAUACACUACAGAAGGUACACUCCAGAUGAGAACAUCUGGAUCCCCUCCAGAAAUAGAGCUGUCAAAAUCUUCAUCAGAAGUAGAAACUGAGGAAAAGGUGAUGAUGACUUCAGAAGAAAUACCCUCUGCUGAAUUUGCAGGAGAAUCAGCAGAAAGAUGCACCAGAGAAGAUUCACUCCAGACAGGUACAUCUCAAUCACCUCCAGAAAUGGAGCUGCUAACAUCUUCAUCUCAGAAAGAAGCUAAGCAAAAGGUGAUGACUUCAGAAGGAGUCCAGACCUCUACUGAAUUUCCAGAAUAUGUUCAGCUUGAAACAAUAGUGUUUCAGAGUUACAAAAUUGUGCAGAAAGUGAGUCCAGUUGCUCAAUUUCAACAAUCGCAAGAGGACAUUUCUCCUUUAAAGCAGAAGAGUGAACUCUGUCUAAAGGGUUUAAAUGAAUUCGGAAUUCCAGAAGUUUUAAAAGUUGGUCAGCAAAUUUCUAGGGCAGAAGAGAAAAGUCAUAAAAUUCAGCCAACAACUAUAAAUGCAGAGAGGGAAGAAGCCAUUGAAGUAGCGAAAGGAAUACCUUCAUGUUCUAUAGUAUCUGAAGAAAGAGAAAACUGGAAUUUCAGAAAGACAGAUGCUGAUCAUGAAACUGUGAAAGAGAAUGUAAACGAAAUGGAAAGUAAGAAAUAUGAUUCAAAGCCUCAAUUAAAAGCAGAUGUAGUUGUUGCAGCAGAGACUCAAAACAUCGUGCUAGGAAGUAUUGUCUCAGGAGAUCAUCCAGUAGGAUCUCUUGAAACAGAACAAUCAACAAUAAAAGAUUUAGAAGUUGGGCUUAUAGAUGAAAACCAAGAUAAGUUAAUAGAACAUCAGACUCAGAGGAAGAGAAAAGAAGAUUACAGCCAAUCAACAGAAUUUCCUGAGAUGCCUAAAGAGGAAGACACCACAUCUGGUGACAGUCCUCAGCUUCAGACAAAACUUGGCAAAUUCUGAGGUUUUAUUUCUGUUGAAGACUACUUCUUACAUUUGGAGGGACCAGUACCCAAAGAAGGUAGCAGAAAAGGAUGGAUUCUGCUUAAAUUGGCUGAAGACCAAUGAUUUUGCUGUGAGAACAUGUCCGUGCUUUCAGAUGUUUUUCUGAGGAAGUCGCCUAACAAUCCUGAGCUACCAUCAGGAGCUUGAGCCACCUCCUUUAGUUUUGAUUGUGAAUACUUCCUUUCACAAUAUUAUUUUACCUUUCUUUUUGCUGUUGAUAAAGAGAUUGGGGUGGGAUAUUGAAUGGGGAUAGGAAGUAUUUCUGUUCAAACAAUGUCAGUCUCUUAAUUUGGAAAGGAAGUUGGCAUCUUCUGUGAUUCCCUUUCUACCAAUGCUUCUCAAACUGGAUUGCAAUUCUUUGUGUAUUUAUGUUUCCUCUUCUUUCUGUGUAAAAGAUUGAAAGAAAAUUAUUUCACUUGUUUGGGCCAAGAGGUAUUAUGAAUGACCGAUCACUGACCAUAGAUGGUUCCAACCAACUUAACAUUGGUUUCCCAUUUGCUUGGAGGAAUGCGAGAAUAAAUGUUUUAUGAUAUAUUUGCUAUUGUUUUCUGAAAGGUCAUUGCCUAACAAUUUCUCUUGAUCUAUUGGUAAAUUGUAAAUCUAAUUCAUACUUCAUGAAUAGUGAGAUAAACUGUGAUUUCUUUAAAGUAAUUUAAAUAAGGAUUUGGCUUACAUUUAUAUUUGCAUUCAUAUUCAGAAUAAAUGCAUUAUAAGAUGAUUUAGGAUGCCUGGAAUAAAUACACUCAAUUUUGUUCAAUGCAACUCAUAAUAUGAGGUCAUAAGAAGUUGUGUGUACAAAAUGGGCAGGCUUCAAAUGCUCAGUAACUGAAUCAUUAAAUAUUCUUCUUUCAGAAUUUGAUCUUCUAGUCACCAAGUUGUUUAGCCAGUCAAAUUGCAUUUUAUAGUCUUCAUAUCUAUCUACAUGAGCUUUUUCCAAGGCUCAGCAGGCUCAUUGUCCUACCUGUAUUACAUGUUAUUUGAACUGAACCCAGGAAACUAAAUGCAUACUGUUAAGAGCUGCACAAUGAGGAAUAAAACAGAAAGAUCAUUUGAUAUGACUGCACCAUCUAGUGGUCAUUAUACAUAUUUUAUAACUUAGGAUACUACUUAUAAUACUACUUUUAUUCAGCUAAAAUAUGGAAUGGCAAAUGUUUCAUACAAUUAAUUCUACAUUAUAUCUGGAAUAGCUUGGCUAUUAAAGGCAAAUAUGACAAAUAAUAAUAUGCAAUCCUGUACAUGCAUUGUGACAUUGCAGUGGGCUGUUUUGUGCAAAUUAAUAGUGAGAGAUGUUAACAUCUUUUGUACAAAAAGAAAAAUCAACUUAGACUAUGGUGAAUAGGUGUCUUUGCUUUUUUAAAAGAAAAGUCAUAUACUGGAUCUGUUGAUAUCAAGAUAUAAGUAAUUUCUUUUUAAAUUAAAAAUGGCUGUUUCUUUUAGCAUGUUUGAUUCAAUCUUUGUUUCAAUAAUUAUCUUCAGUGAUACAAAACCCAGUGGAAUCCAGGUACCCAAAGAUCAAUCAGUCAUUUUGGUGUAAUAAGGAAAUCUUUUGCACCCUUUUCAGUUUUAAAGGCAUCAGUGAUGGAAGAUACAAGGGAUAAUAAGCCCUGCCUCCACAUCAGAAACUAUUAAGUGGUGCCAAAGGGAAGAAGAGGCCAUAUCAGCAGUGAGUAGUUUCUUCCUGGUCAGAAUGGCGAUCAUGAACCUACCAAAUAGUAUCCCUCUAGAAAUUCAAUUUGAUCUCUUUGCUUCCACAUUUCUGUUUUGAAUGGAAAAGUCUGAUCUUUUCUCCAUCACAUUGACCAUCAAAAUAUUUAAAAGUUGUCAGUCUGUUCAAGUAUGUGCCAACAAAAGGUAGCUUCUUCAUUCCAAUGUGUACACAUGACAGAAGACCAUAAUGAGACAAUUUGUUCACUCCAGUUGAGUGGUAUUUCAUAAAGUUAAUUUUAUCUUUCAGAACCAAUGAAUAAUUAACAUACAGGCUCCUUAGAAAAAAAAAAUUCUGAAAGUUAGUAGUACAGAUUACACAAAUGUAUUUACUUCUAGACCUCUGAAUUGUUGUUCCACAAUUCCUUAGUGUGAUGGAAUAGGUAAGAAAAUUUAAUUCACUUGAAGAUGGAAAUGAGAGCUUGUGGCUCUCUCAAUUAGAAUUAAAAUGUUCAAUAAUAAGUGUCCCAAAAUUAAUUAGCAUAUACAGUACUUUAUUAUAACAUUAUUUUCAUCAUUAACAUCAAGUUUUGUUCUGGGUGCAAGAUACUAGCUUUCUCACUUUCAUUAGCUCUUUUAUUAAAUAAAACCUUGUGAUCUUGUGAUAAAAGUUAAAAUAAAGAUAAAAGUUAAGAUAAAAGUUAAAAGCUUUGAAAAGCCAAUGAAUAAGUUAACCUAUAGUUCCUUAGAACAUUUCUUUUUUUGAAGUUGAUAAUAUAGAUUGCACAAAUGUAUUUAUUAUUAAGAAAUAUAAUUCUAUUUAAUUUCAAUAAAAAAUAAAAUAUAAAACUACAGUCCCUACAUACAAGUCACUUACCAUUAACAUGUUUUCUUCAGGCAAACGUGUAGAUUUUUCUUGGGGAGCAAGGGUCCCCGAUGUCAUCUAAAAGAAGAGGCAGAGCCAGCAAUGUGACUCAUCUGCCCUUAUUCCUGUGUUGUGGUAUCUUUUUAGUAGAUCUGCUGAAAUUACAGUAUAAGACCUGAUCUAUCCCUUACCCCUAUUUCUGGAAUUCACUCUUACCUGAUCAAGUUUCUUUAUGUGAUCCAAUUGAUUAGGUAAUAUUUAUUAUGUAUAGCCUACUUCAAAAUAAGAUUUGUUUUCGUGCCACUUUAAUUUUAUAGCACCAUUUUAACAUCUAAUGGGAAACCAAUUAUUUAAGCAAAAUAUAAUCUGUUUAUGGAAAGCCAUAUUGUGAAAGCUGCAGCAAGUGAAAUAAUACAAAAUACAGUGAUGGCAUGACCUAUGUAAUCCUGGACUUUAUAUCUCCCUUUAUAGCUCCAAGAUUGUUAAUAGUUGUGUAAAGUUAAACAUUUAAAUAAAACCUGGUAAUAACAAUGUAAAUAGUUACUGACUAGAAGUUGAGGAACAAGUGCUUAAUUUGGGAAAUUUUUUUUAAAGAUACUAUGACCUUUCUAAGCAACGUCAAGGACAUAAAUCAUCUAACCAGUCAUUCUUUUUGCAACUGAUGGUCUCAAAACAAAAAACAAGGCACCCAAAGAAUUUUUGUCAUGGUGCAAGGGAGCAUGUCUCCAUUCACAGAUAUUGCUUUGAUACAGCGUGUUGCUUUGGCCUCAAAAAUACUUCAGACAACGCUGCAAAUCUUAGCUUGUGCCUCAACUCCAAGCUUUUGCAGUUUCUUCUAAUUGAUUGUAUUGGAUUAUAUUUUGACUUUCUAUGUUGUUUUUAAGGUAGAUUUUCAUGGAUUAAAUAAAAUUCAAAUAAUU